AUGGUUUUCUUACCCGACAAGAAGUUUGGUGAGCUGGGUACAGUCCCGGACAACGUUCCAGUCUAUGAGUUCAUGCUCAAUGAGAAGUAUGGACGAGUGCCACACGACAAAUCAUAUGACCCCUACACGUGUGGUUUGACUGGAAAGUCCUAUUCGUCGCGAGAGGUGGUCUCCCGCGUCGACCAGAUCGCCCGUGGCCUCUCGAAGGAACUCGGCUGGAAGCCGAACCAGGGAUCGGAAUGGGACAAGACACUCGCCGUUUUCGCCGUCAACACGAUAGAUUCUUUGCCCUUCUUCUGGGCUGCACACCGGCUCGGUGGUGUCGUGUCUCCUGCCAACGCAUCCUACUCCGCCGCUGAGCUGAAGCACCAGAUAUUGGACUCCGGGGCCAAGGCUCUCUUUACCUGUGUUCCGUUGCUUUCCGUCGCGUUAGAUGGCGCCGCCCAGGCCGGUCUGCCCAGGAGCAAGAUCUACCUGAUCGAUGUGCCGGAGGUGAUCCUUGGCGGCGCAAAGCCCCCUACCGAGUUCAAGACCGUGAAUCAGCUAGCCGAGGCCGGAAAGUCUCUUCCGCCAUUGGAGCCGUUGAACUGGGGACCUGGAGAGGGAGCGCGCCGAACUGCUUUCUUGUGCUACUCGAGUGGAACAUCUGGCCUGCCGAAAGGAGUAAUGAUAUCCCACCGCAAUGUCAUCGCAAACACCCUGCAACUUUCCGCCUUCGAAAAGUCUCACCGUUCAUCACCUGACAGGGAUAGUUACUCCGAAGUUACUCUGGGUCUUCUACCGCAGAGCCACAUCUAUGCCCUGGUCGUUAUUAACCACGCCGGCCCGUACCGAGGGGACCAGGUCAUCAUUCUUCCCAAGUUUGAGUUGAAGUCUUAUUUGGCUUCCAUUCAAAAAUUCAAGAUUUCAUGUCUCUUCCUGGUCCCCCCGAUUAUUAUCAACAUGCUGCGCAUGCAAGAUGAGUGCUCGAAGUACGACUUGAGCUCUGUGAAGUCCCUCUUCACAGGAGCGGCACCCCUUGGGAUGGAGACUGCGGCCGAUUUCCUGAAGGUUUAUCCCAAUGUCCUCAUUCGUCAAGGAUACGGCCUCACGGAAACCUGCACUGUGGUUUGCGCGACCCAUCCCGAUGACAUCGUGCUCGGCUCUUCUGGAUGUCUGAUCCCAGGCUUCGAGGCACGCAUCAUGUCUGCAGAAGGCCAGGAAAUCACUGCUUACGACACUCCGGGCGAGCUCGUAGUCCGAUCGCCUAGCGUGGUUCUCGGCUAUCUGAACAACGAAAAGGCCAACAAGGAAACCUUCGAGGACGGCUGGAUGCGCACCGGAGACGAAGGAGUCGUCAAGGUUGGCCCGCACGGCACAGAGCACGUGUAUAUUGUGGACCGUAUUAAGGAAUUGAUCAAGGUCAAGGGUCUCCAAGUGGCACCUGCCGAGCUUGAAGCUCACCUCCUGACACAUCCGGCCGUCUCCGACUGCACGGUGAUCGCCGUGCCCGACGAUGCCGCCGGCGAGGUGCCGAAAGCGAUCGUGGUCAAAUCGCCCUCCGCAGGUUCAGAUGACGAGGCUAUUCAAUCCAUCAAGAAGUACGUCGAAGACCACAAGGCCCGGCACAAGUGGCUCAAGGGCGGCGUGAGGUUUGUGGAUGCGAUUCCCAAGAGCCCGAGUGGAAAGAUCUUGCGUCGCCUGCUGCGGGACCAAGAGAAGGAGGCUCGGAGAAAAGCCGGUGCGAAGAUAUAG